AUAUCAAACAAUAGUUUAAUAAAACCUCAAUAAUUUUAUUUAUUCACAUUUUAAUUUAUCAGCUCACUUAUAAAGAAACAACUAUUACACACCCACCUGAGCCAUGAAGAUAUUGAAGUGUGUCUGGUAUCUCUCGUUUCAAAUGUUAUUGACCAAAUCAAAUUCUGAUCCUUUGUUUACUGAGAACGAAAAACUUUUGGACACAAAUCUAACUUUUAAAAUUGAUCCACCAUCUCUAAUCCCAGGUGUACAGGUAGAGGUCAAUCUACUGUGCACUUUCAGACGAUAUGAGUUCCCGGAUAUGGCUUCUGUUUUUUCUAUGAUUAUCGCCCAUUCCUCCAAUCCAACUCUUCCGGUAUACAACUACAUCGCUUCCGUCAAUCAAGUUGAGGGCCACGCCCACAAUAUCUCACACGACGUACGAAUCAUUUCCGGUUCUGUCGACAACAAUGGAGAGUCCUCGCUUCACGUACGUUUCAACUAUCCAGAAAUCAAUCUGACAGGCGCGUACAUGUGUGAGGUCUAUGGCUUUGACCAAAUCGGGAAACCAAUGACAAAAUACAACUCACAGAUUUUAUUCACCAAUAACAUCACUGAUGUAUAUUCGUUAGUACGUCAACAUCAACAUUUAGUUUCCUCAUUGCAAGCAUGCAUUCAGAAUCAGACAGAAUUAGUUAUUACACUAUUGUCAAUCCGUUUUCCAGUGUUAUUGUCUAACUUCUACCCACCUGUUAUUAACAAUGGACACGCCUAUUACCUUACCAAAAAUCUAACCUAUUUUGAAUAUUUUGCAGCUCAAAGAGUGUGUGAAGAGUUUGGAGGCUAUUUAGUAGAGCUAGACGACCACAGUGAAUUUAUUUUCGUCAGAGAUUUUAUUUCUCCUUUUCAUUUCUCCGAAGCCAUCUGGACAGGGGCCACAGACCGCGGACACAACAAUACAUGGUUAAAUCCACACAGCUCUACAAUACCAACUUUUGAUUGGGCUCCCGGGGAACCAAAACAAACCAGUCAUUGCCAGUGUUUCCAUAAAAUUUAUAUCGGACUUCUUGGAGAGUGUUUUUGUACAGCACAUAAUUAUAAUUUUGCAUACCUUUGUGAAGUUCCGCUACACAUUUAUUAAAGGGACCCAAAAAAUGUCGCUGACGUUUAACAGUAUUUUACGUAAGACAAGGCAUGGCACUGCUAUCUUAUGACUGUGUUUUGAAGUAACCUUAUCAAUGAGUUUUGAAGUAACCUUAUCACUGUGUUCAGAAUAAAAAUCUUUUCUUUGGC